ACAACAACAAAAAAUAAAGAGAGUCGUAUCGAAAGUGUUGUUUAGGUUUGUUAUACAAUUCUUUGUUUUCUAGUAUUAUUAAAUUUUCGAGGGGUGGGGAAUAACUCAUCGGGCUAUUCGCAUCUUCCUUCAACACAAAAGGCAUCUUCCGCUCUCGAUUCUCAGCAUCUACCCAAAAUAUUCAUACUUCAACUUGCACAUUGACAUCCAAUCCAACGGCUUUACCUUUCCUAACUCAACUUGCUCUUCAUCCAACGGUCCAUAUAUCAUCUCUCUCUCCUCCUCCUCCUUUAUAUAACCGCUUGGAACCAUUCUUAUAUUUUGCUUAUCGGAUUCCAAAUUGGCAAAAAAAAAAAAGUAUAACAAAUUAUUAAGAUGGCGACCUUGGAAUCUCCAUUAGAGGCUUUGGCGUUUCAAUACGCUAGCUUCGGUGUUUUCGCCGUUGUCAACAACGUUUGGACAUGGAUCGCUGUAGUUACUGCCGCCGUCAGCUUCUGGAGGAUCAGAGUCACCACCAUCGGAGACGGAGACGGCCAUGCAUGUGUCUUGUUAGAGGAAUCAAGAACCGAUCCGGUUAAAGAAACGGUUACGAAAACGCCGCAAUCAAUAACCGCUACGGUUAAAGAAACGGUUGCUCGAGUGAAAGAAACGGUUACGAAAAGGGAGAUGUUAACGUGCGAUGACGGAGAGACGAAGGGGAAGAAACUGACGAUGUACUACGAAGUAGACGUUGACAGUGACCGUGGGAGGUGUAUCGACGGAGAGUUAACGGCCGUUACCGGUAACUACGGAGGAGGUUUGGGUGAUUGUGGCGGAGAUUGGUGGGGGAAAUGGGAAGGAGUGGUGAGGAUGAGAAAUGGUGAUGACAGUUGGUAUCGUUACGUGGAUUUAACGGUGAUUAACGGAAAUGUCGUAAGGUUAUGGGAUGACAACAGAACGAGUAACGGCCGGAGUUGUCUAAAUUUAGAGUAGUUCCUUAUUUUGGAAACUUUAAUUGUUUGUUUGAAAUGUAUUUUUUUUGUUGGUUAAGUUGCAACUUGUAAAUAAUAAUAUUUCACAUAAGGACCAAGGAAUGAAGGAUCGCUUGAACUAGAAGAGAAUAUUCAAUUGUUGAUUCCAAGU